AUAUCGUUGUUUCCCACUUCCUCUUGGGGUGGGUAUAAAACAACACUAGCACAUGCAUGCACAUUUGGGCACCUGCGCUGACAGAAAAUGCAACGUUUCUGACGUUUGCUUGUAAAGACUGUGGAAGGAACUUGAAAGCGCUGAGUCUGUGACUGAGCCAUGCUUUGUGAAGGCAGAUUGUUGAGCAUGACCUACGGUGACUUGUGGGAGCUGGAUCCCCUCCCUCCUCAGAGGACUUGUGGGCUGCCGAGAGCAGCUGCUGCCCUCAUGCCGGGCUCCGCCAGACACGCUCCACUCGUUUAUCACAAUUCCCCCGAGCAGACGGGUUGUUUGGACAACAGGAGCGUGUCGGCGGAGUUGUACAUUUCUCCGCUGCAGUCGUCGGACCUCCACAGAGCCCAGUCAGGGAGACAGAUCUCUCCAGAGAUCGAGAUCCCGGCUCAGGCUUGCUCAGGUGGUGAGUCCCCUUUCUUGGUUCCCUCCUCCUGUCAGAGCAUCUGUCAAAACUACAGCGACCUCCACAUUGGAGGCGACCAGGUGCUCCCUCUCUCAGCCAAUGAUGGUGAGCUGCGGCUUGGCGCUGAGGGCCAGGCAGCCGGGCCCUUCCUCCAGUCCUGCGAUGUCCUACCAGCCGUGGAGGAGUCUCCUCCGAGACAGACGUCUCAGGGGGGGCUUCUGCAUCCACUCAGGGGAGGGUCAAAUCGCUGGAGAAUGGGGAGCACCCGCGAUCGGAGCUUUUUGUUCCAGGAGCGUGAGGCCCCAUUCUCAAACUCUCUUCUAAAUCACUACCUGGAGCAGAAGCUCAUGGACUUGUACCAACAGUACAUGAUGGAGAACAUGGCCAGGGAGGGAGAUUCUGACCCAGGGCCCAUUUGCCCCCUGCUGGGCUCAGAGCUGGUCCUGACCAGCCUAGAUCAGAUCACUCAACAGCUGAGUCGGGAAGGCAACCUAGAAGCCGGCCUGGCCAAGGACAUGGUUCUCAGCUGCCUGCUGCGGGUAGCCGGUGACAUGCAGUCAAGUGAGAUCAGCACUCCCUUUCUGCAGAUUUCAAAUGAGGCCAGCAGGGAGCAGCUCACAGAGAAUAAAGAGGAGUUGCCCCAGUGUCCAGGAGCUCAAUCAUCCAGUUCUGCCUCUCAUUUUAGUUCUCAUGAGCCACAACAAGAGUGAAACCUUUCAUGACUGCAUUACACGUAUUCUUUCUCUUUAAAGAGCUGGUGAAAGGAUAACGUAGAAAACAAAUUUCUGUAUGUAAUAAGUAAUUCCAAGGAGAGAGGGCUCUAUUCAUGAAUCGUCUCUUUGUAUGCAGUCAUGUAACUUGAAUAUGUGCAUGUGGCGUGCUGCUGUUGGGCGGCUACUUUCCAAAGGCGAAUAAAAACAGGAACUGAAAAUUGAAA